AUGUUUCAAGCUCACUCGCGUCCAUGCGAUGAUGGCGUCGCAACGUUUUUCAAAACGGACAAAUUUCAGUUGAAAGACUAUGAGGUGUUUGGGUUUAAUGAAAUGCUCGGUGAAGUCAUCCGGCUUGAUCAAUUUGAAAACAGAAACGAACAUAAUGAGCGACAAGGGCAAUACACCGUCUUGCAAGAUCUCAAGUCUGGAAAAGAAAUUGUCGUAGGUAGGGAUCGGAGUGAUGUAAUUUGAUUGAAAUAUUAAUUAAAGGACAUUGGCAAUAAAAAAUUAAUUUGUCUUAUUCAAAAGAACUCUUAAAAUUAUAUAUUAAAGUGCUAUGACAUAAAAUUUCUUAUUUUGUUAAAUGAAAGAACUCUUUAAGCUGUAGUGUAACUUAUUUUUCAGUUUCUUGUUUUUAUGGUUUGUUCACGAGAUAUUUCAAUUUGUUUUAUAUGUAAAUGAGUGUGAAUAUGUCCGCUAAUUUAUGACGUCACGUUGGUUGCAAGCUCAACUUACACUGUAAGGUCAUAAGUGUAUUAACUCUAAAAACUGAAGAUAUCAGUUCACGUUUUUCUCCAGUGUUUCAUCACAUUUACCAGUGAGUGAAGUUUGAAGUUAUCAUCUUGGAUGAUAGCAGUGAUAUUCAACCAUUUUGAAGAGCUUGCAACCAACAUGACGUCAUAAAUUAGCGGACAUAUUCACACUCAUUUACAUAUCAAACAAAUUCAAAUAUCUUGUGAACAAACCAUAAAAAAGAAGAAACCGAUAAAUAAGUUACACUACAACUUAAAGAGUUCUUUCAUUUAAGAACGUAAGAAAUUUCAUGUCGUAUACACUUUAGACAUUUAAACUCUAUUACCGAUUUGUCAUAUCUUGCUUGGUUCUCGAAAUAUUUAGACCGAAAUUAAUGAGCUGUCUGCUAUCUUGGACUAAUUCUUGACCUCAUUAACUAUGGUUUUGAUGACGUCAGGAGUUGGGUUAACCACAUAAAACUACUCGAAAAUGACCGAGUAACAAUCCAAAAUUGUUUGAAAUGUUUUUAAUCAUUUCUAAAUUUCAGACAGCAACCAGAAACAAAGUUUUGGACCAAUAUAGAUUGCUUACUCUUACGCUUACUCGAGCUGUCCUGUCGUGUUUUAUAUCUGAUAAACCACUCCUGCUCGUAUUUUAAACAGUACAAAAAAGACCCUGUAGGCAUGAGUUCCACAUAAAUAUAUCAUCAGGCAACAUACACAUGGUUACUUUAAUUAAUAACAAAAGGCUGGAAAUGCCUUUUCGGGCUUGUAAUUUUCAACAUUUUUUCUUUAGUGAAUGUCCACUUAAUCUUCAAUUUCUGGCGAGAACCUGACAUGCAUUCCAUACAAGCGGCCAUGUUCUUUCGACAACUAUACAAAGUACUGCCUGAGUCAGCCAAGCACAGCACGGCUUGGAUCGUUUGCGGCGAUUUUAAUAUGAAACCAAGCUUUCCUGCUUAUGAACUGGUCAAGAAUGGACAGCUUUCAGAAAGCAGUGUCGAAAAACUGAGACCAGGAAAAUAUGCAUACCCAAGUCUAACGGAAAAUAAAGUGGUAAGUCUAAGACAAUUAAUUGAAUUAUGAAAUGCCCUCAUUAUGGUGCUUCAAGAGAGUCUACUGCAUGUCACACGCAAAAAUCUCACAUCUUGUAGCAAGUUUGUCUAUACAAGCCGUCAACAAGUUGUGUUCGCACUGUUUGUCACAAAUUGUCAACAAGUAUAUAUGGAACAACUUGUUAACAGUUGUAACAACCUUGUUGAUAUUAUCAGACUUGUUGCAAGGUUGUUCUAUCAAGUUUGAUACAGUCAUGAUACAGCAAUAUUGUUACAACCUUGUAACAUUCUUGUGAUAUCACGAGACUGCAUCAAACUUGUUGGAACAACCUUGUAACAAGUCUGAUAAUGCCAUCAAGCCUGUACGUUAACAACUUGAAACAAGCUUGAAGGCACUAUCAGACUUGUUAUAAGGUUGUUCCAACAAGUCCGAUACCGUCAUGGUAUAACAAUAUUGUUACAAACUUUUGUAGUAACCUUGUAACAUUCUUGUUAUAUCAUGACUAUAUCAAACUUGUUGGAAUAACGUUGUAACAAGUCUGAUAAUGCCAACAUCAUAGAAAUCUCACAUCUUGUAUAGCAAGUCUGCCAACAAGCCGUCAACAAGUUGUGUUCGUACUGCUUGUCCCAAGUUGUAAACACCGGUUUGGAACAAGCAGUUAAACAACUUGUAACAACCUUGUUGAUAUUAUCGUACUUGUUGGAAGGUUGUUCCAACAAGUCCGAUACAGUCAUGAUAUAACAAUUUGUUACAAUCUCGUGUCGUGAACCUUGUAACAUUCUUGUUAUAUCAUGACUGUAUCAGACUUGCAAGAACAACCUUGUAACAAGUCUGAUAUUAAAUGCCAUCAAGCUUGUUACAACAACUGGGUACAAGCAGUGCGAACACAGCUUGUUGACAGCUUGUGAACAGAGACGUAAUAACUUGUUUGCAGACUUGCAACAACUUGUGGUUUUUACGUGUGUAUAUAGCUGUACAAAGGCCGAAAUCCAAAAUUAACAAUUACUGUCCAAAACUACCACCUUAAUUUGAUGAGUAAAAUCUAAGUGAUAAAUUUAGUACGGUACAUUUGGACACAUUGCAGCUUGAUGGGUUACUAUUUUGAUAAUGAAUUCCUUUCUCCUUUAUAGAUGACAAACUCAGAGCGGAACGGUGUCGUCCAUGAACAAUUAAGGAAAAGCAUCUCGCAUCCGCUGAAAUAUUCAAAUAGUGCUUACAAAGUUGUUUUGGUAAAUUCCUGAUGUUGUUUGGAAAUAUUGCAUGAUUGGACGACCUAUCCCCAGAAUCAUAAUAUUUACUCAUACACCAUACAUUGCAUAGUCUGUAAAGCUAUGACGGUCUGGAAUAGAUAGGAUGGUCAGUACCCCCAAAAAUGGCGGAAAAAUUGACCGUGAGAAUUGCUAAUUAGCAUUGAUGCUGUAUUAAAUUGACGCCCAUAUUUAUACGGCAAUAUAAGCAAAACUUACUGAACUUCAGACAUCAUUUUGUCUUUGGCACAUCUAAAAUAUCUUUAUUUUAGCAUUAUUUUACAGACAAAGUAAUAAACAUACUUUUUAAGUUUGUUCUCAAGAUUCUCCUCUUAGCUUUUCUUUCUUUGAAUUUUUAGGGUUCCGAACCGAAGUUCACUCACUAUGAAUUCAAUGACAUUUUCCAAGAGGUUUUUGGCUUCGAUAUGAUGAAAGACACUCUGGAUUACAUCUGGUUCUCAUCAGAUUUACUGCAAGCUAAUGCUGUUCUGGAAAUGGUCGAUGAAGAAAUGAUCAAACCUUUCCGUGCUUGUCCCAAUAGAUACUUCCCCUCAGAUCAUCUGGCUUUGAAAGCGUGCUUUCAAUUUCACGAUAACGACGAUUCUGCUUAUAGCAGUGAAUGAUGUUUUGUGAAUUACGUUUGUAAAUAGUUUUCAACUCAAUUUUGGAAUUGUAAUAUAUUUUGUAUAUACUGUAGAUAGGUUGAAAAUUUUAUAUAUACUGUAUAUAUAUAUAUAUCUCAUUUAAUAAUUAUAUGUCAUAUCUCAAACUCAUGAGUAAAUUAGCCAACCAUAUUGUACUUUGCUCACAUGAUAAUAUAGGCUAUGGCAUCAUUUUGUACAACUUGAUGGCAACUUUAUGUUAGAAGCUGGUAACAGGCAUUUUCUUAUAGUUCAAGCCUUGGUGAACAAGACUGUGUGUGUUACCACUUC